AUGGCUUGGGCUAAAGUGAUAGAGAGCUUUCUCAUGCAGCAACUCAACUCUCAAUCGUGCCGAGACAAAGAUCUUGGUCAUCUCAUGGACGCAACACACCAAGCUGUCGGCUCCUACUUCUAUCGCCGCAUCUACAGUAUGGAUGCUGGCGUGCUGCAGCGAUAUGUGGCAGAUGUGCGAGACUCUCUCCGAAGCUUCGAAUGCGCCAAUCCUGAGAAGGGCUUCGCGACAGUCAGACUGAUCUGGCCUGCUUACAUCGCAGCGUGUGAGGCUGAGACGCCGGAGCUGCGAGCAUUCUUCGCACAGUGGUUCGAACGCUUGGACUCGAAAGCGGAAUGGACGUUCAGAGAAUACUACGCACUAGAGUCCUGUGUUAGGUAG